AUGAGGAUGCUGCAGAGACUGAGUACCCACUCAAGAAUCCCGCUGAGGGCGGAGGUAUUCAAAUUGUGGGUACUUGUAAUGGUUUGGUUUGUGCAAGCCAGUUUGGUUACAUGUUUUUACGUUUGGAAUCCAUUCACUGGAGAGUACAAAGUAAUAUUACGAACCAGGGAUGAUGGUUGUUCACGAAAAUGCAUUAUCGUUACCGGAUUUGGUUAUGACCCCAGAACUUGUGAUUAUAAGUUUGUAAGAAUUUUUCAUAGACCAGAUUCAGAUGUUUCUGAAGUUGAGAUGUAUAAUUUAGGUUCAGAUUCAUGGAAAGCAUAUAAUUCUUGCAUCAACUAUGAGUUUUCCAGAGGAGAGACUUGGGUGUUUCUAAAAGGAGCUCUCCAUUGGCUAGCAUAUUCGCAUAUAAGUAACAAGUAUGGACAACUAAGUUUAGUUUCUAUCGAUUUGGAAGAUGGGGUAUUCAAAGAAAUACCACUACCUAAACACAAGGACGAUUUCGAUUAUAUAUUUGUUGACGUGUUCAGAGGUUGCCUUUGCUUGCUUUGUAGUGUUUCUGAAGUUAAUUUUGAGAUAUGGGAGAUGAAAGAUUACAGAGUGAGAGAGAGUUGGUCUAAGGUGUUUAAAACUUGCUGGCAGCAACGGAUGAUAAAAGGUAUUCGAUCCAGGGAUUAA